AUGGUGGCCUCCAUGGCUGCUGGAGCUGGUGGGAGCUUUACCCAGGCUUGGGGGCUUCAGCUCUUCAUAGGGAACACCGCGAGGGUCCUGAGGUGGAGAUUCCACACAGCAGUGGCUUUUGAAGCAGAAGAGGAGAGCUGUGCUGCAGAAGUAGUGGAUAUGGUGUUCAUAGACUGGUCUGGACAAAGGGUCCCAGUGCAAGACAGAGUUGGAGAGGAUGUGCUCCACUUGGCCCAGAGACAUGGCAUUGACUUAGAAGGUGCCUGUGAACCUUCCCCAGCGUGCUCUACCUGUUACGUCUAUGUGAGCCAUGAUUUUGUGGAUAAGCUUCCCUCCCCUGAUGAAUGGGAAAAUGAGAUGUUGGACAUGGCACCACUUCUUCAGGAGAACUCACACCUAGGCUGCUAGAUCAUCCUUACCAGAGAACUGGAAGGGACUGAGUUCACUCUCCCCAAGAUCACCAAGAACUUUUAUGUGGAUGGGCACAUCCCCAAACCUCACUGA